AUGGUCAAAAUCGCUAUUGCAGGAGCCUCGAGCGAGCUCGCUAGAGAGAUUCUCGACAGGCUUGUCGCUACCGGAAAGCACGAUAUCACAGCACUCGUUCGCAAGGACCCAUCUACAUUUCCAGAGCUCCCAGGCGUCACCUGGAUCAAAGCUGAUUACGAAAACAAGUCUAAGCUUGUUGAUUUAUUCCGUGGUGUUGAGACUGUUCUCUCAUUCCUAGCCGUUCAUUUAGAUCCGGGUAGCGAAACCCAGAAGCGACUUAUUGACGCAGCUGUCGAGGCUGGCGUGAAGAGGUUCGCUCCAUCCGAGUGGGCAACGGGAGCCAAACUCGCAGACUCGCUGGACAUUAUCGAGUAUACACUAUUCCAACCUGGUGGGUUUAUGGAUUACCUUUGCCACCCUUACAAGACCGCAAAGUAUAUCACUACUACCGUAGUCAACGUCGAUUUCGUCAAGAAACGUGCGAUAGUCGUCGAAGGCACCCUCGAUGAUGAGAUCACUUAUACAAGUGUCAACGACAUUGCCAACAUCGUUACCCAGGCUAUCGAUUUUGAGGGCGAGUGGUCCGUAAUUGGAGGUAUUAGCGGCGAUCGUAUCUCCAUUCGUCAACUUCUCAAAAUUGGAGAAGAACUCAGAGGAGAGCCUUUUGCUAUCGAGUGGCUCAAGAUGGAAGACCUAGCAGCUGGCGAACUCAAGACGGACAAUUACCCCCGACUUCCGCUGCCAUCGGUUCCCCAGGAUCAGGUAGAGGCUUUCUCCAAGAUGGUGGUCAUUGGUACUCUCACCGCCUUCCACCGCGGAGCUUGGACUGUCUCGGAUGAAUGGAAUCGAGUUUUCCGAGAUUAUAAAUUCACCAAGGUUAAUGAGCUGUUGAAUUCUGUGUGGGAGGGCAAGAGUUAA